ACUGACAUCAACACAGUUGUAUCAAUAUAAAAAUCCAUUUCUAUCGCACAAAGCCGUGCAACACAAAACUAUUAGCGCCAGAUUCUGAAUGACAUCGAUUGACAUUUGUGCGCGUACAACAGAACGGAGAGCAAUUCGUACUGCAAUUAAGACUGAAAUCAACCAUUCUACCUAAUUAAAACUGCGAUUCAAACGAGAUUCCACGUGGAAAAUGUCGAUUAGAGAAAAGAAAACGAAAAAAGUAAAGUGCUAUGCAGACCUUGUUUCCAACGUGCCGGAACUAAUCGUGAAUUCAAAGAAUGGUAAUACGUAUGAACGAUUACAUUUCAUCGGUCAGGGCUCUUAUGGCAAAUGCUAUGAAGUGGUGAAAACUACAACAAAGGAACGGUUGGCGUGCAAAACUCUCAGUUUUAAAAUGACAAAAGAUUCGGAAAUGCAGAAAAUUAUCCAAGCCGAGAUCAGCAUUCAUCGAAAACUAAUGAAACAUCCGCACAUUGUUCAGUACAUUGAAUCAUUCGAUGAUGGUAGCCACGUGUACAUGAUACAGGAAUUGUGUUCGAAUCAUUCGUUGCGUGAUUUACAAAAGACGCGUGGCACUGUGUCAACUGAUGAAUGUCGCUAUUUUGUCAGUCAAGUUUUGAAAGGAGCCCAAUACAUACACGAAUGUAAAAUUAUACACCGUGAUAUUAAGCUGAGUAACGUUCUCAUAGACAAAAAUAUGCAAUUGAAAAUUUGUGAUUUUGGCUUGGCCAUUAAGUUGGAAGACCCGCGAAUGGCAUCGCGAUCACUUUGCGGUACAACCAAUUAUUUGGCGCCAGAAGUUAUAAUGCGGAAAGGAUUUCAGACACGGUCAGACGUGUGGGCAAUUGGUGUGAUCUGUUUUGUGCUGUUAUUUGGUUACAAGCCAUUCGAAGAAGGAGAUGCUUUUGCUACACACGAGCGUAUAUUGAGUGCCGAUUAUAAGAUUACAGCCGAUGUAGAUUCUGAAGUGAAGGCAUUCUUUCGAGCUGUAUUCAAUAAGGAGGUGACUUAUCGAUCAAGUGCUGAGCAAUGCUUGCAAUUGGCUUUUUUCAGUAAACACAACAUACCAAAAGUAUUGCCAACUCAAACGCUAACACAAAUGUCGUUCAGCGAAGCAGCGAAACCGUCAUCGUGCAACUAUAUUGAUGAUUGUAAUUUUUCGAUUUGUUCAGUUAAUGUCGAAACAAAAGAUGUGACAUAUCAAGAGAUUUGCGUUAAGAUGGGUCCCAUUUUACCAAAAACAUUUAAAAACAUUAAUCAAGUUCGUGUCUUGGAAGAUGUUUUUGAUCGAUUCAAUGCAAUGUGUCGAUAUUAUAUUCAAAGUGAUCAGAAUUUAAGCGAUAUCAGCGAUGUGGAUACAUUCAAUCCAGUCCAUUGGGUGAACAGAUGGUCAUUCGAUCAAAAUUCGGCAAGCGGAUUUGCAUAUGAAUUAUCUGACGGUACUACCGGCAUGAUAUUUCAUGAAGGUCUUCGAUUCAUGCGAACACCAAAGAAACGUUUAUGGGCAUGGCAGUCCAAUGAAGAAAGUUUUCGGGAAGUUAAAGAUGACUUCGAUGCAGCAAGACUCGAUCACAAAAUCCAGAAAUUUGAUGAGUUGGAGACAACAAUGUUGAAAAAUGGAUCAACCAAAAUUGAAACAGCCUACAAUUAUCGUAAAAAAGUGUUUGUUUACACUUGGUUUCAAACUGACGAGGCAACGGUCAUGCUUUUGAGCAAUCAUACUAUCCAAAUCAAUUUCACACAAGGCCACAAGAAAAUGUUGAUUUCGCCGCUGGAAGGAAAAGUCACAUUCAUCACACAUAAAAUGGAAUUGAAAAACUUUAAAACAUUGGCAUUUGAAGCGAUUGGCAAAUAUGGAUUCUCGUAUCUCAGUUUUGUGAUGUUUAAAUACGUGACGGCGAUUGUUCAACGCUUAGCAUACAUAUUAAAAUAAGCAAAGUUUUAGUUUUAAGAUACAUAGAUAAUAAUCCUUUAACAAAAGCAUUUACAUUGCUCAAAAUGACAAAAUAUCUUUUUAAAUUAAGGUAGUUAUACAGACUCUCAGCAAAACUGAGUUAUCCCAUUCAUUUGAUUCGGACAAAAUUGAAGGAAAAUAAACAUCAACAAAUUAGAAAUGACUAAUUGGUUAGAAUAAGAAUAUAAACCAACAAAUAAUAGUAGUAAUUUAAGAAUUAAUACGGAAUUUGGUGAAAGUGAAAAAUCCUUUAUUGUUAUUUAGUAGUAGAUAACAUCCACUCUUAGUAUUAUUAGAGAGAGGUUUCAAAAAAAAUUAAAUUUAUAUCAAAAUGGAUAAAAACAAAAAUUAAAACAUUGAUAACCAACGGCGACUAUUUGAAGGUCGACAACUAUACACGCAUCACUACUGCUGUUGAGUCGGUGGAGGUAUGUGGGGCACGAGCGACGUCGUUAGUUGUGUAUGUAGUAGUCACCUUCUAUAGUUUAUCGUCGCUGAUCGAGUUGUUUAUGUUUUUUCAUCAUUUUUCUAAUAUUUGCAGUAGAUUUGCUUUGAAUAAUUCGAUAGAAAUAAAAAAAAACAUACAAAGAAAUAUUUGUAUAUAUAACAGUGUAGUAAAUUAGUUUGAAAGAAGUUUAUCAACAUCAUAUUACUCUUCAAUUCUAAAUGUCAGCCAAUUUUAUACGAGUCAUUUAUCACAAAACAA